AUGGCGAACCCCAAUGUGAUGCGGCCAUCGAUAGGCCGCAUAUUGCGGCUCCAAGAGACCCGGAAUUCGCUGUCCACGACAUCGGCAACGGCGGCGCAGCCCCGAACCGCAGCGGCAUGCUUCUCGACUUCGGCUGCGCACUCGGUGCGCAAGACUCGCGACAACAACCGCCUGCGAGGCGUCAGUACCAUGAAGAGGACUGGCCCCCGUGAACCGCUCUCCGUCUCCUGGGAGACGCUCCCCAAGCCGGCGAACUAUAAGCCCGAGGUUGCGGUGGACCCGAACCACGGGCUCUGGGGUUUCUUUUACGGCAAGAACAAGCUCUUGCAGACACCCAAGGAGGACCAGUCCCACGGCCGCGCGUGGACGGUGGAGGAGCUGCGGAAGAAGAGUUGGGAAGACCUCCACACGCUGUGGUAUGUCUGUUUGAAGGAGAGAAACCGCAUCUCGACGACUAGUCGCGAGCGGGAGAGACGCAAGCUUGGAUUCGGCGCCUACGAGGCCAACGAGAGGGACGAGACGGUUGUUACGACGAUGAAGGCGAUCAAGCACGUCUUGACCGAGCGCUUUUACGUCUGGGAGGAUGCGCGCAGGCUGGCGGAAGAAGACCCCGAGGUCGACCUCUCAGGCGAGGGAGAGGCGUACACGCCCCUGUCGGGGUAUGAGGAUCCGACGAGCAACAAGUAUUUGACUGAGGACGUCGAGGUCGCUGCUGUCGAGUCACCAGCCGUUGCGGCUCCGGUCGAGCCCGAGACGGAGAAUAAGGAGGCCGCGCCGCAGGCUGAGCAGGCCGAACGCUCGCUGCCGAAACCGAAGUUUUGA